GUGGGGGGGCGGCCCGUUACUAACCACUGCACCGCGCAGGAGCUCUGGCAACAACCACAACGGAGGAUUGGAACAUAGCAAUACUGCCAGCGAAAUAACAACAGAGAAAGAUAGCUGUCUGAAUACAGUGGUGAUCAAAUACAUAUUCCUCUGCACAUUGCCACAUAUCCUGGGUCAAACCAAUAUUUCUGGUUGGUUAUCAGUGCCAGACAUCUCUGUAGUGAUCAGGAUGGCAGUGAAUGUGCACGCUACGUCUGUGUCCUGUGACACCCUGAGCCGACAUGACAUGCUGGCCUGGCUCAACGACUCCCUGCACCUCACCUACACCAAGAUAGAACAGCUCUGCUCGGGGGCAGCGUACUGUCAGUUCAUGGACAUGCUGUUUCCAGGCUGUGUCCUUCUAAAGAAGGUCAAGUUCCAGGCCAAGCUGGAACACGAGUUCAUACACAACUUCAAGGUUCUCCAGGCUGCCUUCAAGAGGAUGGGAGUUGACAAAAUAAUUCCCGUGGAGAAGCUGGUAAAAGGAAAGUUCCAGGAUAACUUUGAGUUCGUGCAGUGGUUCAAGAAAUUCUUUGACGCCAACUAUGAUGGGAAGGAGUACGACCCGCUACAGGCCAGACAGGGACAAGAUGUGAACCCCGCCCCCAAUCCAGGUGAUCACUUUUCCCACAGACCAAAGAGAACUCAUGGCCCUGCAGGCCCCCAGAGGCACUCGCCCACGGUGCCCAAGAUCCUACCCACGCCCCAGAGGGUGCUGAACACCACUGUGCAUGUGAGGAAGGCCCCGGCCCUGACGCGGAACGGGGGAACCGACGCGGAACUCUUGGAGCUAAAUCAACAGUUGAUGGAGCUGAAGUUAACGGUGGACGGACUAGAGAAGGAGAGAGAUUUCUACUUCAGUAAGCUGAGAGACAUUGAGCUGAUCUGUCAGGAACACGAGAGUGACACCAACCCUCACCUCUCCAGGAUCAUGGACAUUCUCUACGCCACAGAGGACGGCUUUGCUGCUCCAGAUGAUGACGAGAUUGAUGGACAGGCCCACUUGGACCAGGAUGAAUACUGAGUCUCUAAUACCUUCUGUCUAUUCACAUCCCCCUCUCCCUCCUCUAAUACCUUCUGUCUAUUCACAU